UUUGCCUGCUUUCCCUCCCUCCCUGUCGCUUCCCACUGCUACCUCCCCAGCGGCUGUUCCCUCCUUCCCUCGGACGCCACCUCCCGGAAUCGCUGGUUUUUUGUUUGUUUGUUUUGGAGCUAGCUUCUAGCUGGCGGUGUGGAGGGGCUGCGAGAGCUAGAGGAGACGGGUUGGGGGGCACAGCCUGUGCUCACUACCGAACCCACGGGCUAGAGCGGAGGCCGGCUGGCCGGGCGCCAUCUGCUCCCCCGGAGCUCCUGCAAACUCCUGUUGAGUGUGCGUGCCCGCUGGCCGGGCGGGGGUCUGUACGCCAGCAUCGGACAGCUUAUUUUUGGACGGGUCCUCCGACUCAGAUCGGGUCAGCUCCAGGCACAGAAACUCCUGAGGAAUUAGGCAAACAAAAGAGGCCACACAUUUGGUGGCCAGAAGUCGCCUGAGCCCCACUUCGCUCCCCUCCUUCUUUGGGUUGGGAACUAGCCACUUGGGUGGGGAGAGGGCACCGGAGCAGUCUGGAGGCCUCCUGGGCCACCGGGGUCGGAGGAUUGGCGGCCUGUUGUGUAAGUCUCAGUUCUUGUUUUCCUGGCCUGGCUAGUUGGGAAGCUGGACACAUCUACCCUUGGACUCAGUUCAGAAGGCUGAUGCUUUUUUUCCUUGCCUCUCUUGGAUUUUUCUGGAUUUUUUAAAACCCAGUGGCCCAGGAGGAGGAGGAAAGAGGAAGGAGCAGAUCUGCUAGGAAUGUGAGAGCGUCUUCCAAGGCCUGAGGAGCCAGAAGGAGCUGGGAGCCAGAGCUGCCCAGGUUCUGGAAUGGUGGUUUCCGAGUGAUUCUCCUUUGUUUUAGUACAUUAUUCUAGUGGAAAGUGGAGUUCUUGCUCUCUCAGAUCUAAUUUCUCUGAGUCACUUGACUUUUCUCCUGGGAGUGGGAGGGGCUGCCAAGGGAAGGGAAGAAGACGAUGGAUAUGAGGCCCCCAGACGUGUUCUGGGAGUUGUGAUAGGGAAGUUUUUGGGCCAUGGGCAUAGCUUUGAAGAGAGGGCUAGACAGCAUCUUUGGGUGCUGAGACCUGCCUUAGGGGCUGAGAGACUGAGCUGCUGGGGCAGGCCUUUGUUUACUAGUACGUUCUUGGACAUCCCAGUUCUGGGCAGGACCCUUUCCUCAUUUUUUUCUACCACUGGCCAAGCCAUGGCACUAAAAGGCCGAGCCCUCUAUGAUUUCUACAGUGAGAACAAGGAGGAAAUCAACAUCCAGCAGGGUGAGGACUUAGUCAUCUUCAGCGAGACCUCGCUGGAUGGAUGGCUGCAGGGCCAGAACAGCCGUGGUGAAACAGGGCUCUUCCCUGCCUCUUAUGUGGAGAUCAUCAGCUUUGGCACCAGCUUCAACCAUGCUGACUACUCCUGCAGCCCUGCAGGCUCUCCAGGCACCCAGGUGAGCUUGUAUGACAGUCCCAGUGUGGCCAACCCUGGGAGUGGUGUGGGCAGUGGCUUCCUCUCAAACCAGGGCAGCUUUGAGGAGGAGGAUGAUGAUGACUGGGAUGAUUGGGACGAUGGAUGCACAGUGGUGGAGGAGCCACGGGCUGGUGGGCUGAGCACCAAUGGGCACCCCCCACUCAACCUCUCCUACCCUGGUGCCUACCCUAGCCAGCACAUGGCCUUUCGACCCAAGCCACCCCUGGAGCGGCAGGACAGCCUGGCAUCUGCCAAGCGAGGCAGUGUGGUGGGCCGCAAUCUUAACCGUUUUUCGUGCUUUGUGCGCUCUGGAGUGGAGGCCUUCAUCCUGGGUAAUGUGCCCAUGAUGGCCAAGAUUGCUGAGACUUACUCCAUUGAAAUGGGCCCUCGUGGCCCCCAGUGGAAGGCCAACCCCCACCCAUUUGCCUGUUCUGUGGAAGACCCCACCAAACAAACCAAAUUCAAGGGCAUCAAAAGCUACAUCUCCUACAAGCUCACACCCACCCAUGCUGGCUCCCCUGUCUAUCGGCGCUACAAGCACUUUGACUGGCUCUAUAACCGCCUGCUUCACAAAUUCACUGUCAUCUCUGUGCCCCACCUGCCGGAGAAGCAGGCCACAGGCCGCUUUGAGGAGGAUUUUAUUGAGAAGCGGAAGCGGCGGCUCAUCCUCUGGAUGGACCACAUGACUAGCCACCCCGUGCUGUCCCAGUAUGAGGGCUUCCAGCAUUUCCUGAGCUGUUUGGAUGACAAGCAGUGGAAGAUGGGCAAACGCCGGGCAGAGAAGGACGAGAUGGUGGGUGCCAGCUUCCUCCUCACCUUCCAGAUCCCCACGGAGCACCAGGAUCUGCAGGAUGUGGAGGACCGUGUAGACACUUUUAAGGCCUUCAGCAAGAAGAUGGACGACAGUGUCCUGCAGCUCAGCACUGUGGCAUUGGAGCUGGUGCGCAAGCAUGUGGGGGGCUUCCGCAAAGAAUUUCAGAAGCUGGGCAGUGCCUUCCAAGCCAUCAGUCAUGCCUUUCAAAUGGAUCCCCCCUUUAGCUCUGAGGCCCUCAACAGUGCCAUUUCUCAUACGGGCCGUACUUAUGAAGCUGUUGGCGAGAUGUUCGCUGAGCAGCCCAAGAAUGACCUCUUCCAGAUGCUCGACACACUGUCUCUCUACCAGGGUUUGCUCUCCAAUUUCCCCGACAUCAUCCACUUGCAGAAAGGCGCUUUUGCCAAGGUAAAGGAGAGCCAACGCAUGAGUGACGAGGGCCGCAUGGCGCAGGAUGAAGCAGAUGGCAUUCGUAGGCGCUGCCGCGUGGUGGGCUUCGCCCUGCAGGCUGAGAUGAACCACUUCCACCAGCGCCGUGAGCUCGACUUCAAGCACAUGAUGCAGAGCUACCUGCGCCAGCAGAUCCUCUUCUACCAGAGGGUGGGCCAGCAGCUGGAGAAGACGUUGCGCAUGUACGACAACCUCUGACCUCGAGUACCUGGCCCAGCCCCACCUUCAACCUGUUCACUGCAGUAUACUCUGGUUUCCAGAAUUCUCACACCAGCAGCAGCUAGGGGUGGGCUCUGGAAGAGUCAUGAGUACCCCUGGGAAAGCCCUCCACCCCUUAGAGGUAGGGGCACAGCAUGGGUGAGAAUGGGACCAGGAACCUUCCAGGCUGAGGCCUGGUCAGUCACUUGAGGCCAAGACAGUCUUAGCCAAUCGUAGAGCCUCUAGUGCUUGUGUACCUGGCCACCAUCCCCUCAUUCUCUCAGCAGACACUGGGGCCUGCUGUGGCCCUGGGUCAGAUGCUGAACACCCAGGGCCAUGACACCUGCCCUCAGGGUGUCCCCAGUCAAGGUGGAGAUCAGACACAGAAGCAGAUGGAGGGUAGUACAGAAUGACUCUUGGUAAAUAAGGGGUUCUUUGAAGCUCACAAGAGGAGACCACUUGUUCUGCAGGUUAGGGAAAACUCCAUGGUGUAGGCGACAUUUGAGUGGUGUCUUGAGGAAUGAUAAGAACCUACCAGAUAGUAAAUGAGGACAGUAGAUGUGGAGGACAUUUAGAAGAGAGGAACAGCAUGGGCAAAGGUGUGGAGUCAUGAAAACACCCUUCAUCUCUCCCUCAACUUUCCCAAGUAAGUUUGCUGCCCUACUUUGGUGGGGAGGGAUCUUCCUUACUCCCAUGUUCCUGUCUGUGCCCCACCCCUGCCCCCUGCAGAAGGCGCUGCAGGCCAGUACCCUCCUGACUGCUCUUCACCUGCUAAGUUCCCAUCACCCCUUGGUUAGGGUACCAUGCAGCAUCUUUUCCCUGGGCUCAAUGUGUUAAGACAAGUCAUGAACCCCAAGACCCUGGUGUUAUCUUCUUGGAGGGGAUAUCCCAAAGGUACCAGAUAUUUGAGUUCACCAGCAAUAGCUCCCCACACUCUAGCAGGCUCAGACUCCAGGCUCCUAGGGUCCUUGGCCCCAUGAAUCCUGGAAUCCUUCCUGGUGCAUAGUGGGAAACCCAAGGGAAAAAGAUAGGUUGGCUUGGCUUACCCAGGGACCCUGGGCCCACCUACCCAUGGCUAGCCUCAUGUGAUUCCUACCUGGGUCCUGGUUAGUUGCUGUCUUCCACCCAUGGUUAGGUCCACGAGGGGGCUAAUCUUUCCCCCCAGGCCAGGGUGUGGUCCAGCAGCAGUUUGAGAGGUACCUUUGCUAGCCCCUUCCAGGAGGUCAUGGCCUUUCCUGGCUGCUGCUGCUUGAAUAUUUUUUCUUGUUUUCUUGAUAAACUUUUUACAAUUAAGAUAACAAAAAUAUGACUUUUUAAUUUAGAUCCCAGAGGGGAUAAGGGUUAGGGUUAGGGUUAGAACCCUAAUUAUCCCUGAGGUCUGGAAAGGCACAAAAUUUACCCCAGAACCUCAACAGUUGGGGGGAGAGCUGUGCUGGUGGGAGGUGCUAUCUGGGGAUCUAGAGGUGGCUGAGAAGCUCAGCUGGAUGCAUUCCCUUCUCAUUCCUCACUCUCUUUUUUAAUAUGUUUUUAAUUUUUUUUUUUAUC